AAGACUCCGGAAGUUCUAUCGAGUGUAAUCAGCUCAUCAUAGACGUAACACACAGUGAAACAACAAUUUAAGUAAGUUUUGCUUUUUAAUUAGAAUAAGAACACAACGCGCGUGCCGCAGACGGCAGGUGGACACAAUUAAAGGUUGAUUAACCUCGUGCGGAGAAUUGUUUGCCGCAAUGGAAGCCGAUCAGGUCUCAGAACGUGAGCUGCUGUGUGUUAUUCAACAAGGCUCAGAUAUGGAGGAGUCCAGUGACUUGUAUGAUGCAUAUGAGACAAAUGGCCCCCCUCUCUGGGCAGACCACCAGCAUCACUGUGCUGAGGAUAUGGACAGUGGGGACUAUCUCAGAAGGAAGAUCAAAUAUUUCUUCAUGAACCCCUGUGAGAAGUAUCACGCUCGCGGGCGAAAACCAUGGAAACUCAUUCUGCAGAUCAUCAAAAUUGCCAUCAUUACUGUCCAGUUAGUGUCAUUUGGGCUGAGUAACCAGAUGGUUGUCACAUUCAAGGAGGAAAAUCUGAUGACAUUCAAGCACCUUUUCUUAAAAGAUUAUGUUGAUGGAGGCAUGGAUACAUAUGCUGUUUACAGACAGGCUGAUGUUUAUGAUCACAUCGAUUACAUCAUGGGACAGUAUGAACGUCUGCACAACAUCACAGUGGGCAAUCACGAAUAUGAGAAAAAUGGCACUGGUUACACCCCCCUGUCGCUGUGUCAGGAGUUCUACAGAAAUGGUACCAUCUUCCCCGGAAGUGAGACCUUUGAAAUUGAUGCCCAGGUGGACACUGAGUGCCUUAACGUUUAUCCGAUUUUUCACACAUCACUGCGGGAAGUGCUUCCACAUUUUGAAUUGCAUUUCAAAAGGUUUGUACAUAAAUCAUUUUCCCUUCUUGGUUUUGUAAAUGAUGUGCAAACCCCUCUUUUUAAAGUACCUGCUCUGUCUUCCAGGAUGCUCUCUGUCAAGAUUACAUUUGUUCUCAAGGCCAUAAAUUUACAGACAGUGAGACAUCGAGAGCUGCCAGACUGCUACGACUUCACCGUUGUUAUCACUUUCGACAACCGAGCUCACAGCGGCCGGAUAAAGGUUGACCUGGAAAAUGAUGUAGACAUCAAUGAAUGCAGAGACUGGAAAGUAACAGGGGCAUCUGCUCGAAGCAUAUACCUGACUGUGCUGUUCGACUGCCUCAUCAUUAUAACGUGCAUCACCUCCUUCACCCUCUGCACACGCUCAGUGAUCAAUGGGAUUCGGCUGCAGUUUGAGUACACACUCUACAGCAGGAACCACUGCGGUAAAGAAGUCCCAUGGUCAGACAAGCUUGAGUUUCUGAAUGGUUGGUACAUCCUCAUCAUUCUUAGCGACACAUUGACCAUCAUUGGCUCCAUUCUCAAGAUUGAGAUCCAGACUAAGGUCCUCACCAGCUAUGAUGUGUGCAGCAUCUUCCUUGGGACGGGCACCAUGUUUGUCUGGAUUGGGGUCAUCCGCUACAUGGGCUACUUUAGGAAGUAUAAUAUUCUCAUCCUGACGCUCAGGGCAGCUUUCCCAAACGUUAUCCGUUUCAUCUGCUGUGCUGGAAUUAUCUACCUGAGUUACUGUUUCUGUGGCUGGAUCGUCCUUGGCCCUUAUCAUGAGAAGUUUCGGACGUUGAACACGGUGUCAGAGUGUCUGUUCUCCCUGGUCAACGGAGACGACAUGUUUCCUACCUUCAAGAACAUGAAGCAGAAGAGCAGCCUGGUGUGGACUUUCAGCAGAGUCUACCUCUAUACCUUUGUCUCGCUCUUCAUCUACAUGAUCCUCAGCCUUUUCAUCACAAUCAUCACAGACACCUAUGACACCAUCAAGCAGCAGCAGCAGAGUGGAAUCCCAACAUCAGAGCUGCAAAAUUUCUUAUCUGUGUGUAAAGAUCUGCCAAACUCGGGGGUGUUCAGACUCGACGAGAACAACAGCUGCUUCUUCAACAGCUGCAUCACCAGGUUGAGGAGGCAUGAAGAGAGGCUAACUUCAGAGGCAUAGCAGGCCUUUAAUGUGGAGCUACUAACAGUACUGUAUAAACUAUAACCUAACCAUGAUUGUGCACUUUGUACUAUUAUAUUCAUUGGGGGGUGUUGAAAAUCUUUAUUUUCUUCACAUUAAGCCGCAGGUUUGCUAAGGUGAUUGUUUUUAAAGUGAAGGAGUUUUUCAGUGCUGAAAAGAUUGAACCCCAGUGGACAUGAGGAGCCUGGUCUCAGUAUGAUGCACUGAUGCAGAAGACACUUUGUAAUUACACUUAUUUAUAUUGACAUGUAGAGGGAAGAAAUUUGACACUGAAAUGUAAAAUUUGUGUUGUUUUUCUCAAAUCAUGUCACUUGGAAGGAAGUCCAUGUUGUACACUAAAGAUAAUGAAAUCAAGGUUAAAUAAAUAAGUUGGAAUGUAAAUUCAUGAGAUUUUAUUUCUCCGUUGUCUGAAUAGGUAUCAAUAUAAAAGCGAAAAAACUUUUUUUUUCUGACACUACUUAAUUCCCUGUUAAAUCUUGUUACAACAAAAACAAAAAUUCUAUUUUAGUUCAUGGCAAUAAAAACAUACAACCUUUCACAAUUAA